CUAUAUAAGCUAGAGGGAGGGAGAGAGAGAGAGAGAGGGAGAGAGAGAGCUAUGGCGAUGGCGUCUAGGGUUCCGAUCUGCUUCUGCAUUUUCGUUUUCUGUCUUUUCAUUUCGUUUCAUGGAUUAGUCUCUGCUUCCGAAGGAGGAGAAGGCAAGGCUAAGGAGUUUGUGGUCACUCUUGAUAGUUCCAACUUCUAUGAUACUGUUAACAAUCAUAGCUUCAUAGUCGUCGAGUUCUACGCUCCAUGGUGUGGUCACUGUAAGCAUCUUGCUCCUGAGUACGAGAAAGCUGCAUCAGUUUUGAGUAGUCAUGACCCUCCCGUAGUUCUUGCUAAAGUGGAUGCCAGUGAUGAAGCAAACAAAGGACUUGCCACCGAAUUUGAGAUAAGGGGCUUCCCUACCAUCAAGAUUCUAAGAAAUGGAGGGAAGAUUGUUCAAGACUACAAAGGUCCUAGGGAUGCUGAUGGUAUAGUGACAUUUUUGAAAAAACAAGUUGGUCCGGCAUCAGCUGAGAUAAAAUCUGUUGAAGAUGCUGGAAAUCUUAUUGAUGAAAAAAAGAUUUUUAUUGUUGGGGUUUUCUCAGAAUUUUCAGGGGAGGAAUUUGAGAACUUUACACAAUUAGCAGACAAGUUGCGCUCUGACUAUGAUUUUGGUCAUACCUUGGAUGCAAAACACCUUCCAAGAGGAGAAUCAACAGUCAGAGGGCCUACUGUUAGGUUGCUCAAGCCAUUUGAUGAACUUGUUGUUGAUUUCCAGAAUUUUCAUGUUGAUGCUCUGGAGAACUUUAUUGAAGAAGCUAGUUUGCCCACUAUCACUCUUUUCAACAAGGAUCCUAGCAACCAGCCGUUCAUCGAAAAGUUUUUUAACAGUCCUAAUGCCAAGGCAAUGCUGUUUAUGAACUUCGGUAGUGAGCUUGCUGAUACUUUCAAGUCGAAAUACCAUGAUGUUGCAGUGCAGUACAAAAAGAAGGGAGUAGGAUUUUUAUUGGGUGACGUUGAGACCAGUCAAGGUGCAUUCCAGUAUUUUGGUCUUCAAGAGAAUCAGGUGCCUCUCCUCAUCAUACAGACUAAUGAUGGCAAGAAGUAUCUCAAACCAAAUCUGGAUCUUGAUCAUAUUGCUCCCUGGUUGAAGGAGUACAUGGAUGGCAGUUUAAAGCCAUAUGUGAAGUCAGAACCAAUUCCUGAAGUUAACAAUGAACCAGUGAAGGUUGUAGUUGCUGAUAACCUCCAGGAUGUUGUUUUCAACUCUGGAAAGAAUGUUUUGCUGGAGUUUUAUGCACCUUGGUGUGGACAUUGCAAGAAGCUGGCUCCAAUCUUGGAUGAAAUUGCUGUUUCUCUCCAGAGUGAUGCUGAUGUCAUCAUUGCAAAGAUAGAUGCAACUGCAAAUGACAUUCCGACUGAUACUUUUAAUGUUAGAGGUUACCCAACUCUGUACUUCAAAACAGCUAGUGGAAACCUUUCGCAGUAUGACGGUGAUAGAACAAAGGAGGCUAUCAUCGAUUUCAUUCGGAAGAGCCGAGAUAAAACUGGUCACCAGGAUUCUGUUAAAGAUGAGCAAGAUUCAGUAAAAGAUGAGCUGUGAUGAAUAAUAGGAGGAUUUGCUUCCCUCAGCUGUAGGCGCUGCGGCCUACGGUGGUAGAGUAGCAACUAGCAAGAAGAAAGAAAAAUGUUCCAAGGGACUAGUCUGAAUAAAACAGAAAAUAGGUGCCUUUUUGUUCAAUUAUAGUUUGUCCAUCAUUUUUCUUUUCCUUCUCUUUAUCUUAUAUAUAGUGUAGAAUGGAUAAACAGUUAUCGGAUUCCGGAUGUAGUUUAUAGUUUAAUCUAUAACAAAAUCAGAGUUCUUCUA